AUGAUGCCAUUCAUAAAUUCGGAUGUCACCCUUGAAAUCUUUAAAAAUCUCAUUGAGACCAACGAAUUAGCCGUACCCAUACUCUGGAGUCAACCUUUUCAUUUUCUUGGAUCGGAAUCGGACGAAGAAUCAGACUCCGUGCCUUACGAUAAAAUUCUCGGGGUGUAUCUCAGGUUCCUCAAUGAUCAUGAGAGGGAGGACCUUCUGGCGAAAGGAAUCGACAUCUCCUUGGUCACCACUCAACACCAACAAAACCUAUACUGUGUUGAGGAUGAUCUGAGAAGAUCGGACCUGAACGACGACGACAACUCAAUCAUUCAUAUGGGAGAGCCGAAAUUUCCAUAUAUAACAUACCUGAGAUCGCUAUCGUACAUAACAUUGUGUUCGGCCGUAGAAAUUUGGUGUCAAGACUUGGCGGACAUAAUGUCUCGGGUGAACGGGGAAGAGCUGGUCGAUAACGCGGAAGAGAUAUUACUGCGCGCAAUCUUAAAACUCUUUUAUGACAGGGGGGCGAAAUUAAUGAGCCUCAAUAUUACCAUAAAUGACUUUUUAGAUGGGAGAACCAUAAACCUACGUCGUCUGCUAGUUGACGAGGAAUUGAAAGGUUUCUUUGCCCCCAUAAGAUCCUUGGAGUUCAACGUGAUGUACACGUCCAUAAACGAUUUUUUAUCCACGCUGUCGGAAACCUGUCAUCAGCUGAACCAUAUCUCCGUGCACACCCUGUGGACACGUCGCUGCGACGCUCCCGUGGUCAAGGCAUUUGAAAGAUCCUUUAACGCCCUGAUUUCCGCACAAACGUCGUUGACCUCCUUUCACCUUACCGAGUGUAAGGGUUACACGCAUGUAUUCUUUCCCGCACUCUAUUCGUGUGUCUCCACUUUGCGGCACCUAACCUUUGAAUGCGUGGACUUUGAGCACUGUCAACCGUGGAACAUGAUCGCCGAUUGUCGCAACAUAAUGUUCUUUACCUUGGCGAUGGACUUUGCAAGGAGUUUACCGAUUGGAUGGAGAGCAUCAAUAGUAAAGCAACCAACCACAAUUGAUGAUAACAACAAUGGUGAUGGGGUCGUUCGUAGAUUGACGUGGUCGGUGACGGAUGAUGUUUUCGGGGGAGGAGGGUUGCGGUCAUGGAUUUUUGGAGGGGAUGUUUAA